AUGGAAUCUGAUUUAGAACAAUGGAAUCUGCUUUGUACAACUCUAGAGGACCUGGAAAAUGACGAUCUAAAGAAAUGUAGGAGUUCCUUAAAACAAGGUAGGCGCAUUGGAGCUGGUAAACUGGAGAAUGCUGGUAUCACUGACAUAGUGGAUAUGAUGGUGGAGUGUUAUGGACCAGAAGAAGCUGUAAAGAUCACACUGAAGAUCCUGAGGAAGAUGAACCAGAACCAGCUGGCUAAAGAGUUACAGGACAAGCACGAAGAAGGUAAUAAAGGCAAAAAUACUGAAGAUUUCUGGCUGCAGGAAUUCUUGAAAACUCACAAAAUGAAAAUGAAGGAGAAAGUGGAACACAUAUUUGAGGGUAAAGAAGCAAAGGAAGAACAGCUGAAGAAUGUUUUCACAGAACUCUUCAUUACGGAGGGGGAUAUUGAAAAAGUCAAUCUUGAACAUGAGGUUCUGCAGAUUGAUGAUGCCUUUAAAACCUGUAAAUCACAGAACAGGUCAAUCAAAUGCAAUGAUGUAUUUAGUCUGAACAAAAAUAAGAAGAAAAAGAUUGUGCUGACCAAAGGCAUCGCUGGCAUUGGAAAAACUGUCUCAGUGCACAAGUUCAUUCUGGACUGGGCAGAAGGAAAAGCCAAUGACAAUAUUGACUGUGUGUUUCUGCUUCCGUUCCGAAAGAUUAACUGCAUUAAAAACAAAGAGAUCAGUCUGCAUGAGUUUCUACAGAAGUUUAAUCCUGAAAUGCAGGACCUGGAAACAACAAAGAUAAAUAAGGUAUAUAAAUGUACGCUUGCGUUUAUCUUUGAUGGACUGGAUGAGAGUCGUCUGACUCUGGAUUUUGACAGUGGAAUGGUGACGAGUGUUGAGGAGCGAUCAUCUGUAGAUGAACUGUUUGCAAGUCUGGUGAAUGGGACUCUGCUUCCAUCAGCGCUCGUCUGGGUGACCUCACGACCAGCAGCAGCCAAUCAGAUCCCUCCUGAGUAUGUCGGGUUGUUCACAGAGGUGCGAGGAUUCACUGACCAGCAGAAGAAGGAAUACUUCAGCAAGAGAUUCAAAGAUGAGACUCAGGCCUCCAGAAUGAUCUCACACAUUAAGAAAUCUCGAAGUCUCUACAUCAUGUGCUACAUUCCCGUGUUCUGUUGGAUCACAGCUACUGUUCUUCAAGACAUCCCUAUUGGGAACAAUGCAGAGACCAUUAAUACGACACUCACUGAAAUGUACAUCCAUUUCCUGCUGAUACAGAUGAACAUGAAGAACCAGAAGUAUGACGGAAAAAAACUAAGAGAACAUACCAAGCUGGUAGAUUCCAAUGAAACAAUGAUUUUGAAGUUAGCCAAGCUAGCGUUUGAACAACUAAAGAAGGAAAAUAUUGUUUUCUACGAGAAAGAUCUGCAAGCAUGUGAUAUCGAUGUGAGUGACUUUGAGUCCACUGGAAUGCUGACUGAGAUCUUUCAGCAAGAGGCUGGACUUCACGAGGUGAAGGUCUUCUGCUUUGUGCAUCUGAGUGUUCAAGAGUUUCUUGCUGCAGUGCAUGUGUUCCUCUGCUACCUGAACAAGAACAUGGAGGAGCUUCAGUUUUUCUUUGAAGAAACACAGAAUAAGGUCAGGCUUAACUGUGAGCUUCAGUCUGAAAGUCCAUUGCAUUAUUUACUAGUGAAGGCUGUUGAGAAAGCAAUGCAGAGUCAGAGAGGACAUUUAGACCUCUUUUUGCGGUUUCUGAUGGGCAUUUCACUGGAAUCCAAUCAGAACCUGCUCAGAGGCCUGUUCCCUCACACUGAAGACAGCAAAGACAGCGUCACAAAAACAACCGAGCACAUUAGAAAACUAUUACAAAAGUACAUCUCACCUGAAACUUCAGUAAACCUGUUUUACUGCUUACUGGAGCUCAAUGACAAUUCAUUAUAUAUGGAAAUCCAAAGUUACAUCAAAUCAAAUACAAGAACCCACCUCUCAUCUUCCAUGUAUUCAUUGCUGGCCUACGUACUGCUGAUGUCAGAGGAGGUGCUGGAUGAGCUCGACCUGAAGAUGUACAAGACAUCAUGGGAAGACAACAGGACACUCCUCCCAGCUGUGAGAUGCUGCAGAAAAGCCAUACUCUGCGGAUGUCAUCUCGAUGAUACCUGCUGUGAAACUGUGGCUUUGGCACUGCAGAUACCAGACUCACCCCUGAUAGAUCUGGACAUGAGUUUCAAUUACCUUUAUGACCCAGGAGUGAAGCUGCUCUCUGAUGGACUGAAGAGCCCAAACUGUCAGCUGGAGAAACUGAGAUUGAAACGCUGUAAACUCACUGGUCAGUGCUGUGAAUUCAUGGCAUCAGUUCUACAAUCAUCAAACUCCCGUCUGAUAGAGCUGAACAUGAGUGACAAUAAGCUGCAGGAUUCAGGAGUGAAGCUGCUAUCUGAUGGACUGAAGAGCCCAAACUGUCAGCUGGAGAAACUGAGAUUGGAAUACUGUAAUCUCACUGGUCAGUGCUGUGAAUUUGUGGCAUCAGUUCUACAAUCAUCAAACUCCCGUCUGAUAGAGCUGGACAUGAGUCUCAAUAAGCUGCGGGACUCAGGAGUGAAGCUGCUCUCUGAUGCACUGAAGAAACCAAACUGUCAGCUGGAGAAACUGAGAUUAUGGGGCUGUAAACUCACUGCUCAGUGCUGUGAAUUUGUGGCAUCAGUUCUACAAUCACCAAACUCCCGUCUGAUAGAGCUGGACAUGAGUCACAAUGAGCUGCAGGACUCAGGAGUGAAGCUGCUCUCUGAUGGACUGAAGAGCCCAAACUGUCAUCUGGAGAAACUGAGAUUGCAAUGGUGUAAACUCACUGGUCAGUGCUGUGAAUAUGUGGCAUCAGUUCUACAAUCAUCAAACUCCCGUCUGAUAGAGCUAGAGAUGAGACACAAUGAGCUGCAGGACUCAGGAGUGAAACUGCUCUCUGAUGCACUGAAGAGCCCAAACUGUCAGCUGAAGAAACUGAGAUUGGAACACUGUAAUCUCACUGGUCAGUGCUGUGAAUCUGUGGCAUCAGUUCUACAAUCAUCAAACUCUCGUCUGAUAGAGCUGGACAUGAGUGGGAAUAAGCUGCAGGACUCAGGAGUGAAGCUGCUCUCUGAUGGACUGAAGAGCACAAACUGUCAGCUGGACAAACUGGGAUUAGUGUCGUGUGCGGUGAGAGAUGAAGGCUGUCGUUAUCUGGCUUCAGCUCUGCGUUCAAACCCUUCACACCUGAGAGAGCUGGAUCUGAGCUACAAUGACUCAGGAGAAUCAGGAGUCAAGAUGCUCUCUGAUCUACUGAACGAUCCAAACUACGCACUGAACAAACUCUACUGAACGAUCCAAACUGCACACUAAAUAAACUUUUGAGACACAAAAGAAAUGCAUUUUCUUUUAAGUGGACAAAAGUCUUUGUUCCUACAAUGUAAGUAAAUGGUAACUAAAACUGUUUGGUUACCAACGUUUAUCAAAAUAUCUUGUGUUCAGCCGAAGUUUCUGUUUCACUGUCAGAAACACACAUGCAACUGAAUAAAACAGGUGACACCCUCAUGUCCAACAGAUCAUUUCUCCACAGUGAAAAAACUAAAGAGAAAGUGCUGAGUAUGACACCAUUUAAAGCCCAUGACUACAGAUAUUGUUACGGUUCUGGUCUAGGGUCAGGGAGAUAACAUAAAUAAAAAUCUCAGAACA